CUUCUCUCUAUUCUGUCUCCAUUUCGAUUCGAUUCGAUUCCCAGGAAUAUAUUAGAAAUCACCUCCAACCAAAAAAAGGGGGAUAGUUUCAGCCUUUGCAAUUCUCUCCCCUCUACUUAUCGAAAUCUCAUUUCAGCCCCUCACGAAAUCUCAACUCCUCUUGCAAACAGGCUCUCUCCUUUUGUGCAGGGAGGAAAAUCGAAGGGGUGCUGCUUCGCAGAUCUGAUCCAAAUUCAUGCACUGAGAGAGUAAUUUUAUUUGUAUUUAACGAGAUGGGUAUACUUUUUACAAGAAUGUUCUCUUCUCUCUUUGGAAACAAGGAGGCUCGGAUCCUUGUUCUCGGCCUCGACAAUGCUGGCAAAACCACCAUUCUUUAUCGGCUUCAGAUGGGUGAAGUUGUCUCCACAAUUCCAACAAUUGGAUUUAAUGUCGAAACAGUACAGUACAAUAACAUCAAAUUUCAAGUUUGGGAUUUAGGUGGACAGACUAGUAUUAGGCCAUAUUGGAGAUGCUACUUUCCAAAUACUCAGGCUAUAAUCUAUGUUGUUGAUUCAAGUGAUACUGAUAGGCUGGUGAUUGCUAAAGAAGAAUUUCAUGCAAUCUUGGAGGAGGAGGAGCUAAGAGGAGCAGUAGUUCUUAUUUUUGCGAAUAAGCAGGAUCUUCCAGGUGCACUUGAUGAUGCUGCAGUGACCGAGGCUUUGGAGUUACACAAGAUAAAAAACCGCCAAUGGGCUAUUUUUAAAACUUCAGCAAUAAAAGGGGAAGGUCUUUUUGAAGGCUUGGACUGGUUGAGUAAUACACUUAAAUCUGGAAGUGGCUAACUCUUGGUGAGAAGAAACAAAGCUUGCUGCUAUGUGAUCAGGCCAGAGGGAGGAAUGGGGGAAUGGUGUUUGCUUGGUAUGAUCCGGUAGAACUUUGAGUCGUGGGCAUUGUUGGUAAUUGACCUUCCUGAAUUUUCUGCUUUGAUUUUUUGGGUAAACCUCUGGUGUACAUGUAAAAUUUUUGUUAACGGUAAUCAUUUUAGUCUUAAUUUUCUUACAUUUUGUACCUUCCCCUUCCCCACUUGAGAACUUUCCCGAGUUGGACAUUCGGCAUGGACCUGCUAAUGCUUAUUUGUUGGCUUAAAUAUGAAAGAAGUCCCUGAACUUAAUUAAA